AUGUCUGUGGAAGGAGGUUGGAUGAGUGCUGCACCUCGUUUAGUUGAAGGUCGUCGUUUGAAAGAUCUGUUUGAGCGUCUGCCUCGUUCAUUUGGCGUCUUCAAGAGUAGCACGUUGACUCUAACGUGUGUGGAUGCUCAAUGUGAAUUGCUCGCUAUUGGAUGCAACGCUGGAACGGUCUUUAUAUACGAGAAGAGUAGCAAGCGAACAGGAAUGUUGCCUGAAGAGGGAAGGAGCAAUUGCGUGAGCUGUGUCAGGCUUUGUGAGUCUAUACGAGGCGUCGCGUAUGGUUGCGUGUCUGGCGUUUUAGUCAUCUGUGAGGUUCAUAUUCAAAAGGAAGAAAGAAAAGCUCCUAUGAAAAUGCUUCGUUUGAGCAAAGAUCAUUCUUCUGUCAUAACUGGUCUGUCGUGGCUUAAAAAUGGCAAUUGUCUUAUUUCCGGUGAUGCUGAAGGCAAGAUUGUCAUUAUAACAGUUGACUUUAUUCAGAAUGUAUACACUAUUCGAAGGCUGCAUCAAACAGAUAGCCCAAUUGUCCAAUUAUCAGCAGGAAUUGCUAAAGACUGGAUUGCCGUGUCAACAAGCACAAAAUCUUUUCUUCUCACAUCAGAUCAUUGUAGUGAUAGACAACCGGUACCAAUUGGACAGAAGGACAGAAAAAUUGGACCUUUUGGAGCUUGUCUGUGGCAUUCUGAUCAGGAGGUGUUGGUGUAUGUAGCAAGACCAGGAUUACGAUUAUGGAAGGCAAGCUUACAUGGAAAGGUCUUAGCCACACUCCAGUAUCGCAGUUUACUGACCUCUGAUGAGAGUUCCCCUAUUCAGAUGGAUUCUGUUUGCUUUACUCGUGAUCAGAAAUGUAUUGAUGAACAGUUUCAGAGUCUUCACCUGUUUGCAGGCAGAUACAUUGUGACUCACUCUGAAAACAAUUUGUGGGUUCUUGAUCCUGAGAAUAGCACCGUGCUGGGUUGUCAUGGGAAUCUUGGCAAGAUAUUGGAUGUUGCUGCCACAAUGACAGAAAUUUAUGUGCUACGAGAAGAAGCUGAAUGCCCUAUUUUGAUGAUCAAAUUUUAUUCAAGACCGUUACCUGUCAGACAGUAUGCUGCCCAAAGGGAGCACACAGUCGUAAUACAAGAAGCAACAUCAACAAUCGACACGGCAUGUGCAGACUCAAACAAGUUGCUGAAUGACAAUCAAACAGACAUGAUGACAUUGACUGAUCAAACUAUUGUUGAUAGAAAGAAGCCCUUAUUUGAUUGUGACCUCAUUCAUCAGCAUCAACAAUUGGCAGCGGAUGAGUUAAAACAUAGUGAAUUAGCAGUUGUGCACAAUUUUCCUAGUCAAGUAAGUAAGGUGGCCAUAGCAGAUGAUGAGAGAGUACAUCAACAAGAGGGAAUGAUGCAGAAUUAUGAUACUCUUCAUGAGCAGGCAUUGAAGCUGGAGAGAUUUGAACGGGCUACCAACGCACCAUUUUCAGAUGAGAUAGUGUAUGAUCCUAAAAAGGAGAAAAGAAAGAAGAAUGUCCCCAAAAAGAAAAGCCUGAAAACUUCAGACUUGUCGUUAUCUAAUGACACAAAUGAAAGGAGUAUGGCAAUUGCAGAUACAAACACAUUGGCAAGUGUCACUACUGAAGUUGUCUCGCUUUCAACUGAAAUAUUUUCAAAUGGUGAUGGUUGUCAACAACUUGAAAUUCAAGAAAAUGAAAUUGUUGUGACUACUGAUAACGAUGAAGACCCUCCAAGUUCAGUGUUGGGUGUAGGCAGUAGUGAGAGUGGACAAAGAGAUCAAAAUAUUCAGCAUUAUGAUGUGGAUGUGGCUGAUUGUCUAAAGAGUAAUUCAGCUGAGAACAUCAAGAUACCUGAAAAUAUGGUAGACAUGAACCAUUCUGAGUGUGUGAGUACUAAUUCUGUAAUUUACAGCAGAGAUUCGGUCACAGAUAGAACUGAUGUGAAUGAACUAAAUGAAAAUGAUGAUGAUGAUGACAAAGACAAGUCUAGUUCACCUGAUGAUGUAGAUAAGACUACCAGUACUUUCUUUGUUCAUCAGGCUGAUGGUACUAAUUUAAAAAAUGAUAGUCCUUGUGAUGAAAGUGGUUGGCCAAAAGAAGAACAAGCUUCACAUAGCGUAGAAGAAAUACCUAAAACGCUAGAUGGUGCCACUAUCACUAGUAAAGCUCUUGGUAAUACUGAAACUAGUGUUGUAGGUCAGUUUUCUUAUCUAGAACAAGCAACUUGUAUGGCAGCUGAUAAUGGCUCUGACGGUUACAUGUCAAUCUAUGACAAGUUUAUGUGGGAUGAAUCAGUGUCUGUUUCAAAACACCAGAAUGAUGAUGAGGACUCAGAAAGACACAAAACAUUCCCAGAGCAGAACAAUUCUUCUUUGUCACUGUCAUCACACAAUGCAAUAUCUUUAUCAUUGAGUCACUCAGCAACAAUGGUUGACCAAUUGGUAAUGGACGAAUGGAGAUUGUAUCAGCUUCCUAGCGAGAAGAAGAAAAUCAAUUGUGUAGCUCUUUCAAACACUCAUGUAUUUGUGGUUGAUGAUUCUGGUGACAGUUUUAUGGCUGAAGUUGGUGGAAUUAAAGUGAAAUGGGAAAAGAUAGCUGGGGAACCAAAAUUGAAUUUGAUAAGUGUUUCUCCUAAUCAGUUGCAUAUAGUAGGAGUGUCAAUCAAGAACAGUUUAUAUUUGAGGGUUGGUGUUACUAAUCAUCUUGAGAUGGGCAAGAAAUGGAGCAAGAUUUCUGAUGGCAUUUCAUAUGUUGCAGUUGAAGACAAUCAGAUGUGGGGUUUACAGAGAGAUGGCACUGCAGUAUAUUCUGAUGUUAUUCCUGCAAGAGAGGGACAGAAAAUUGAGUGGGAUUGUUUGAAAGAUUCAGAAAGCCAGUUUCUCUCAUUUGUACAGGUGACAGCUUGUAAUGGUGUUGUUUGGGCUCGAAAUAAGCAAGGAUUGGUGUACUAUAGAUAUGGCAUCAGUUCUCGGCAGCUUCAAGGAACUAAAUGGUUAGCUGUAAAUGACAGCCUUGACAUGAUUCACAUUUGUGCAGGAGGUCACCAGACAUGUUUGUCAAUUCAUCAUGACGGUUCACUUCUGUUUAUGAAAGGAAUGACUGCGGACAGUCCAAGUAGCAAGAGUAGAGAUUUAUCAUGGUGGAAAGUAGGUCGUCCAGAUUGUUAUGAUGAAGCUCCAUCAUCAAGAAUGUUACCGUUUUCACUGUUUAAAUCUGAUAAACCUUCUUCAACAGUAGUUGCUUCUAAUAGUGACAAAGGGGUUUGCAUAUGCACUGGAAGUAUUAACUUAUACUGGUCAAACUCGGCUUUGUUGGGAAGUCGUUAUGAAACUGUUAGCUUGCAAGGAAUUCCUCAAUCUGCGUCUCAUUGGUUGUGUGUUGCUGCUGGUUCUCUUAGCUCUCCAGAAUCUGGUCUAGUGUGGACUGUACGGCGCAAUGGAGAGAUCUUCUGCCUUUCACCAACUGGUCGACCAUUCUCAGUCGAUCCUCCUUCAUCUACAAAGCUGACACUGUUGACUGUGUCAGAAACUGCUGUGUGGUGUCUUAUUGGUGAUAUUGUCAUAUUGAGGAAUGGAAUCAACUCAAAAUGUCCUGAAGGAGUAUCAUGGAAGAGAGCUGAUACUACUACCGUAAGCUCUCCUCUUCGAUGGCUUUCUUGUGGCAGAUGUACUGUGUGGGCUGUUGAUAAAGUGGGACGAGUAUGGUUACGAGAAGCAGUUGACCUAACUCAACAGUCUGAACCUUGCCUACCAUGGAUGUUGAUUCAAGGUGUACAUGAAGGCCGUCCUCUUCAUCGUGUGGUUGUUUCUUCUGAUGACAGCAUGGUUUGGGCAAUUGAUAUUGAAGGGUUUGUUUAUGUCCGUACAGGCCUUUCCGAGAGAAAGCUUGCUGGCGAAGACUGGGAAUGUGUAGGUGGGCCUAAACUAAAGGAGUUGGCAAUAAGCAAGACAUCGGUGUGGGCCAUCUCUACAUCUGGCAACAUUUUGUGUAAGCUUGGUGUAACCCUGGUGAAAUAUUCUGGAGACAACUGGAAGAAAGUAGUUGGUCUUCCUUUCAAUCGGAUUAGUGUCACACAAUUUGAUCAACUUUGGGGAAUUGACUGUGAUGGUCAGAUAUUCACACGAUACACAACUUUGUACAACAGUUAGUUCAGAUAGUGACUCAGCUAUACUAUGGUGUUAGAAUUUAUGGUACAGUUGCUGUAUAGCUGAUGCCGUUUCAUUAAAGCUGUGGCUGCAUGUGUAUAUGCAGCAGCUACAGAUGUGAA